CGAGCAGCAAACUGGAGGGGGACAAAGCUGGACCGGGCUGCCAUCAUCCUUUGCUCCACACAGAACGCCCGAGCAUCGAUGUUGUCGGUGAAGUUUGAAGAAACCUUCCUGGACCGUGUGAUCUUUGUCCUGUUCAGAAUGGCCAUCGUGAGACAAUUCAGACUGCUUGUGUGGAAAAAUUAUCUUCAGCAGAAACGUCAGAUCCUGGUUACUCUGGUGGAGAUACUUCUGCCCUUGCUCUUCUCCGGCAUCCUCAUUGUGCUCCGUCAGAAGGUUCCUUUUAAGGACUUUCCGAACGCCACGAUCUACGAGAGCUUCGCCGUUGACAGUCUGCCACCGUUCAUGCGAAGCUUGCAGUUGGCCUACGUUCCCCAGAACUCCAGCGUGGUGCGUCAGGUGGCAGAGGAUGUGCGAGCCAGCCUUUUUCUCUCCUCAGUGCGUGGGUUUGAGACAGAGGAGCAGUUUGAGACCUAUGUGAAAAAUGACCCCCUCUCAGGAAAGCUACUAGCUGCAGUUGUGUUUGAGCACCCCUUCACUCAUGAUGAUGAGCCCCUGCCACUGAAGGUGAACUACCAUCUUCGCUUCACUUUCACCCCCCGCAACGCCCCACCAAAGGAGAAGUCCGAGCUGAACCCGAAUAGCGACCUUGACUGGCACACCCUCAGCCUCUUUCCACUUUUUCAGCUUCCAGGCCCAAGAGAACAGUAUGAUAAAAGGGGCGGCACACCAGGCUAUUUCCGAGAGGGCUUUCUGGCGGUGCAGCACGCAGUGGAUCGGGCUGUCAUGCGCUCCUACAACAGAACAGUUGCCUCACCUCUGCUGGGUCAGAUCAGAGUGGUUCUGUCCAGGUUUCCGUACCCCGCCUUCAUAUAUGAUGUGUUCAUCCUGGCCAUUCAGAACCAGCUGCCGCUUCUACUGGUGCUCAGCUUCACGUACACCUCUCUCAACAUAGUGCGAGCUGUGGUGCAGGAAAAAGAAAGGAAGCUCAAGGAGUAUAUGAGGAUGAUGGGUCUCAGCAACUGGCUCCACUGGAGUGCCUGGUUCUUGAUGUUCUUCCUCUUUCUCUCUAUCUCAGUCUUUUUUGUGACGCUGCUCCUCUGCAUCCAGGUGAGCCCUAACGGUGCAGUGCUGACCUACAGUGACCCCACUCUGGUCUUCUUCUUCCUCCUCCUCUUUACUGUGGCCACCAUCAACUUCAGCUUCAUGAUCAGUGCCUUCUUCUCGAGAGCUAAUGUGGCAGCAGCAGCAGGUGGAUUCAUGUACUUCUUCAGCUAUCUGCCUUAUUUGUUCCUGUGGCCACGCUAUGACUUACUGAGCCAUUCCCAGAAGGUUUCAGCCUGCCUUAUAUCUAAUGUGGCCAUGGCCAUGGGAGCACAACUCAUAGGAAUGUUUGAAGGCAAAGGAACCGGAAUCCAGUGGUCUAACUUGUUUGACCCUGUAACGGUGGAUGAUGACUUCUCUAUGGCUCAGGUUCUGAGCUUGCUGCUGUUUGACUCUGUGCUGUAUGGCCUGGUGGCCUGGUACAUGGAGGCAGUUUUUCCUGGGGAGUACGGAGUGCCUCUGCCGUCUUACUUCUUUUUACUGCCUUCAUACUGGUGCAGCAGCCCUCGCAUGGCUUUGGUGAAUGAAAAGGAGGAAGAGGAGGAUGCAGAAAAAGCUCUGAAAGGGGAGUUUAUGGAAGAAGAGCCAGCUGGACUAGUUUCUGGGAUAAAGAUAAAACACCUGACUAAGGAAUUCAAAGUGGGCAACAAGAUGCGCCAGGCUGUACGAGAUCUGACGCUCAACAUGUUUGAAGGACAGAUCACAGUGGUGCUGGGACACAAUGGAGCUGGGAAGACCACAACACUGUCCAUGCUCACAGGUCUGUUUCCUCCGACCAGUGGCAGAGCCUAUAUCAAUGGUUAUGACAUCUGUCAGGACAUGGCACUGAUACGCCGCAGUCUGGGACUCUGUCCCCAGCACGAUGUUUUGUUCGACAACCUUACGGUUAGAGAGCACCUCCUCUUCUACACACAGUUAAAAGGCUUCUCCAAAGACAAAAUUCCAGACGAGGUGGAUCGCAUCAUCCGCAUCCUGAACCUUGAGGACAAGAAGCAGGCUCGCUCAAAGACCCUGUCUGGUGGCAUGAAGAGGAAGCUUUCAAUUGGAAUUGCUCUCAUUGGAGAAUCCAGGGUUGUUAUGUUAGAUGAGCCCACAUCUGGUAUGGAUCCAUCUGCUCGGCGUGCCACCUGGGACCUCCUGCAGGGGGAAAAACGGGGUCGCACAAUCCUGCUCACCACUCACUUUAUGGACGAAGCUGACCUUCUUGGUGACCGUAUAGCCAUAAUGGCAGGCGGGGAUUUGCAGUGCCUGGGGUCACCACUCUUCCUCAAAAACAAAUAUGGUGCUGGUUACCACAUGGUGAUAGUUAAGGACGCUCUUUGUAAUGUGUCUGAGAUCACUCGCCUUGUGCACAUGUACGUUCCAAAUGCUACGCUGGAGAGCAGUGCUGGAGCCGAGCUGUCUUAUAUUCUGCCGAAAGAAAGCACCAACAGGUUUGAACUGCUGUUUGCUGAGCUGGAGAUGAACAGAGAAGAGCUUGGUAUUGCCAGCUUUGGAGCCUCAGUGACCACUAUGGAGGAGGUUUUUCUUAGAGUGGGGAAACUGGUGGACUCCAGCUUAGACAUCCAGGCUAUUCAGCUUCCCGCCCUGCAGUACCAGCACGAGAGGCGCUCUCAUGACUGGACCACGGAUGACAACAGCAGCAUCAGCGGGCUGACCGAUGUCACCGACUUCACAGACAGCGGCACGCUCAUCUCAGAGGACUGCUCCAACAUAAAGCUGAACACUGGGUUCAGACUACACCUGCAACAGUUCUAUGCCAUGUUCCUGAAGAGGGCACUGUACAGCUGGAGAAAUUGGAAGGUGAUGGUGGCUCAGUUCCUGGUCCCUUUGAUCUUCACUGUCGUGGCCUUAGUUGUGGCGCGCACCUUUCCCAAUCACCAGAACGCUCCUCAGCUGAAGCUUGCACUCAGUCGCUAUGGUGCCACCAGGGUUCCCGUGGCCCUGCCGCCUGGAGCAGGCCCCCUCGCCUCGGCCUUGGCAAACACAUACACCUCUCAGCUUUCCUCUCAGCAUGGUCAACUCAUCAAUUUAACGGACUUCACAGAUUACAUCCUAACGCAGGCCAAGGAGGAAGGCGGCAGCUUUAAUGAGCGCUGUGUGGUGGGUGCUGCUUUUCGUGGCAGCAGCAGCCAAUACGCCGAAGCAACAGCCUACUUUAACAAUCAGGGUUAUCACACGCCUGCGACGGCCCUCAUGAUGGUCGAUAAUGCUCUGUUCAAGCUUCUGGCCGGUCCUAAUGCUUCCAUCCAGACAGGGAAUCUUCCCAUGCCACGCAAUCUGUCUGAGGCUGCACGAAGCCAGCUCACAGAGGGUAAGACGGGGUUUGCCAUUGCCAUCAACCUGAUGUAUGGGAUGGCCUCCCUGUCCAGCACCUUUGCCUUGUUACUUGUAACAGAGUCCUCUAUCAAGUCUAAGCAUGUUCAGCAGGUCAGCGGAGUCUACCUGUCAAACUUCUGGUUUUCAGCCCUGUUGUGGGACUUGAUCAACUUCAUGCUUCCCUGCAUCCUUAUGCUGGUGGUGUUUCAGGCAUUCGGUAUCAAGGCUUUUGUGGAUGACAGCCAUCUUAUAGAUGUGCUGUUGAUACUGUUGCUGUACGGCUGGGCUGUUGUGCCUCUCAUGUACCUGCUCAGCUUCCUCUUCUCCACUGCUGCUACUGCCUACACACGCCUCACCAUCUUCAAUGUGAUCUCGGGCACUGCCACUUUUCUUGCCGUCACCAUCAUGACAAUCCCUGAUAUCACAUACCAAACAAACUACUUCUCGAUAUCAGAGCCUGGUGUUGGACGUUUUCUCGUAGCCUUCUCAGUGCAGGGUGUUGUAUUCAUCCUGCUGCUGUUUGUCAUCGAGCUGCAGUGUGUCCACACUAUCUGGCGACUCCUCACUUCCCUGUGCCGCAGACACAAACAGUUGCCCCUAAUAACGGAUGCAGCGCUCCAACCAGAAGACAGAGAUGUGGCUGAAGAGAGGAAGAGGGUCCUGGAGUGUCAGCCUGUAGUGGAGUCCAUGGUUGGGAGCCCGCUCAUACUGCAGGAGCUCAGCAAGGUGUACAGCAGCGGGGAGACUCUUCUGGCUGUAGACAGGCUGUCUCUGGCUGUGGGGAAAGGGGAGUGUUUUGGCCUCCUGGGCUUUAAUGGAGCUGGGAAGACCACCACAUUUAAGAUGCUGACGGGGGAUGAAAGCGUCACGUCUGGGGACGCCUUUAUUGAUGGAUACAGUAUCUUGAGGGACAUUAAGAAAGUGCAGCAGCGCAUAGGUUACUGCCCUCAGUUUGAUGCUGUGUUGGACCAUAUGACGGGAAGAGAAACACUGUGCAUGUACGCCCGGCUCAGAGGAAUACCAGAGAAGUAUGUGUCUGGUUGUGUGGAGAAUGUUCUGAGGUCGCUGCUGCUCGAGCCUCAUGCUGACAAACUGGUCCGCAGCUACAGUGGGGGCAACAAGCGGAAGCUGAGUGCAGGCAUGGCUCUGAUUGGUGGCCCUCCGGUCAUCUUCCUGGAUGAGCCUUCAACAGGAAUGGACCCUGUGGCUAGGAGGCUGCUGUGGGACGCCAUUACACGCACUCGGGAGUCCGGCAAGGCCAUAAUCAUCACUUCUCACAGCAUGGAGGAGUGUGAGGCCCUGUGCACCAGGCUCGCUGUGAUGGUCAACGGUCAGUUUAAGUGCCUCGGGAGUCCCCAACACCUGAAAAGCAAGUUUGGUAGUGGCUACACCCUCCUGGCUAAAGUGCAUGUGGAGGCAGAGUUGGAGGACAGCGACCUGCUUCUUUUUAAAGACUUCAUUGAAAGCACCUUUCCUGGAAGUCAGCUGAAAGAUGAGCACCAGGGAAUGGUGCACUACCAUUUGACUGACAAAACGCUAACCUGGGCACAGGUAUUUGGGACAUUGGAGGCAGCAAAAGAGAAAUAUCAGAUCGAAGACUACUGUGUGAGCCAGAUUUCUCUGGAGCAGGUGUUCCUCAGCUUCGCCCAGUUCCAACACUGCACGCAGACUGAGAGGAAGUAAGAGAAAGGAAAAAAGAGCUGUCUUUUGCCUAUUCUCAUCACUUUGAUUUUUUUACCCUGUGUACAAGGACUAAAUCCCACAGCAAGUGUGAGCGCAGGCUGGAGCAGAACAUUGAUUAUCUCCAGCUCCACUUUUAACUUGAACAUUAACACAGACCCACUGAUCCAGUCACAAGAAUCACUUUUUUUUUUGCUGCAUCACUUUUGUGUGUCUUCGUUUGGUCAUUCUUUUAUUCGUUCCUGUGUGAAUGUAGAAACACUGAUUUUGACUAUAACUUGAUCCGUGGCCUGUGGCCAUUCUGCACCAUUUUUAAUGAAAGUCUAAGACAGUGACAUCUUGUAACCACUACACAGAACUGCGUGACAGGGCUUUUUAUGGCGUGUGUGAGCACGCUAAGGUUCCGUGCUGAUCUUGUUUUCGUUAUUUAUGACUGUUGUCCUUUCUUGUAUUUUAUUAUAAUUUUUUGGGGUGAUUGUCAAUCAUCUCUAAAGGACAACCUCUCAAACUGAUGUGAUUGUUAAAUUGUUGCACACCUUCGAGCCUUAUCUAACAAGUGAGGGUCCUUGUCUCUUUCCAUUGCAUAACAGGAAUGGUUAUCCAUAAGAGCCUCUUAAUGUUGUUGCCAGGUGUACAUAAUACAAGUCUUUAUGGUACUAAAACCAUUUACCGUAGUCAAGAUGGUUUGUUUUGGAUAAUUAACGAGUGCAUGCAAUAUAACUUAGAGAAAGCAUGAUACUUUGAAGGAAGAAAAUUUUAGUUCUACAGAACAAGACCGUCCAUGCCGAGAUUAAUCCUCAGAGUACAUGUAAUCCAUUCUAAGUACAGUUCGUGCUUCUCAGUUUUCAGCUUUUGUUUGGCAAUCGUCCUAUUUUCUGCUGCCAAAAAAAAUUGAAGCGGCAUUUUGCUUCAGAUGUUGGUCAACACAAUUCACACUGAGGGUGUGUAGAGGGAAAUUCUGAAGUCAGUGUGUGAUGCACGAGAACGUCAUGUGAUUGACUGAUUUUGACCUAGAGUAGUUUUUCUGUGGCUACAGGAUAUGUCUGUCACAAUUCUUAUAGUUUUUAAAAAAAAGAUUUUUGUUACAAACAAUUGCUACUGUUCAAACUUUACGUCUUCAGAGCAGCUCUCAUGAAGGAAUGAAAAUCAGUGCAAUGUUAAAAUGGCCUACAGUUAGUGGAUAAUGAAACUUGCAUUCCUGUGCAUUCAGACAAAUGCCUUGUUGGACAGAGGAAUGAUCAGCACCAUGUUUUGUAUUCUUUUCUCUUUGUUUGGUUGUGCAAUGGACCUCAGUUCAGAGCUUGCUCAGAUUGCUGCGUUCCCAAAGCCUUGUUCAUUCUUAAAAACUUGUAAAAAGAUGUAUGUAUAGUGUAGAAAAGAUGUAGAAUAACAAUCAACGUUUCCCAAAGUAAUUUCCACACAUGUUGAGAAAUGUAGUCACAGUCUCCUGCUUUCAUAAGGAUCAAUAUUAUAACCUGAGGGUAUUAAACAAAUCAUCUCAUUUAGUGACAUUAGUGACAAGACAUUCCUGCUCUUAGAAGAAAAAAAAACUUUUUCAGAAGUGAGAUGAAUGUAUGUUGUGUAACUAAACACAGCACUAAAUUACAUUACUACCUGCUUUCCAUGAUUUACAGUGCUUCCGUCAUGAUCUGUACUAUGUAUAUUCCCAUUGCUGUUAAGUCGAUCUUUGCCAGGCAUUUUAAUUUUCCUUACUGAAAAAAUCUGGAUGUAAAUUGCACAAUCCAGCCCUCAUUACAUGUAUGACUUGAGAGAGCUGCAAAGUGAAAGAGAAAAGCACCGCUGAUUUGUAGGGAUUGAGUCCUGCUGAAAUUUGGUGUAUCGUAUGUAAAAAGGGAAUUUCCAUGAAUGUAAUUGUGUACUGUUGUGUACCUUCAAAAUGACCGUGUCAACUCUGUAUGUCUCGCUGUUCUUUUUAAAUUAAACAAUGCUCUAUGCAAAUGGUU